AGCCGCGGCGAUGGGGAAGACGGUGCGGGACCACCUGGUGGACGCCCUGGAAGACCUGGAGGAGGAGCAGCUGAAGAAGUUCAAGGGGAAGCUGAACGAGAUCCCGCUGCAGGAGGGUUUCGCCAACAUCCCCCGCGGGCGGCUGCAGAAGGCCGACGUGCUGGACCUCAGCGACCUGCUGCUCAGCUACUACACCGAGCCUUACGCCGUGCAGGUGGCCGCCCAGGUGCUGGAGAGCAUCCACCUCAAGCGAGAGGCCGAGAAGCUCCGCUCUGUCACCGGGAUCGGUGAAAAUGGCUCAGUCCAGAUGCCUUUGCAGUCCUCCUCUGGUGCAUCAGGAAUCUAUGGGCCACGGGACCCCCGCUCAAUGGAGUUACACUUCAUUGACAAGCACCGGGAAAAGCUGAUCCAGAGGACUUCCACCGUGGAGGCGGUUCUGGAUCUGCUUCAUGGAAGCGUCCUGGAUGAUGAUCAGUAUGAAAGAAUCAUUUCGCGGGAGACCACCCAAGACAAAAUGCGGGAGCUGUACAGGCUGACGCGGAGUUGGAACCGCUCUUGCAAGGAUCAGCUGUACGAGGCCUUGAAAGCCAAGAACAAGUUCCUUAUUCAAGAUCUUGAAGAGAGAUAAGCUGUAAAGAUGAUAGUCACACUACUCCCAAGGCACCCCAAAAUCAGAACAUGUGGGAAUCUCAUGGAUUCCCACCCAUUUUACCACCCACACUGGAAAAUUGUGGGAAGAUGUCCUUUUUCUACUGAGGGGAAGUAACUGCAGGCAGGCCCUGUGGGAACAACCCUGUGAGUGUAGGAACAGUUGAGGGUGGUAGGGCAGGAUUAGCUAACUGUUCUCUAUGCAUUUCCUUGGUGUGUAGUAACCUUCUACAGGAAACAAUUUUUGUCCUCUAUUUGAGAACAUAAGUUCUGAGCCAGGGGCCCAUGGUGUUUUUUUGUUUUAAUAUUUCCCAGAGAUCAGCCUUUCCCCAGGUGCUCUGGUAGGACAUUACCAAGCCCAUAUUGUCAGCUUCAUAAGAAAUAUCCCACCAGUCCUUGUUGUAGAAAAGCAAAACAAAAAUAACAGCUGUUCAGUAAAAAGCCCUUUUCUUUCUUCUGGCCAUCGCUGGUAGAUACUGUGGUCUGAUCGACAAGCAAAGAGACCCAUAUUGGCCUAUGCCAGUGAAAGAGGCCGAGGAGAAGACCUUUUCACUCCCUUUGUUUGCCAAAUCAUAGCAGCUAUUUCAGUAGGGGCAACCCAUCUUAAUCCAUGAGACAUAAAAUGCACAUUAAAUGAGGCAGUAAAGCACAAAACAGUAAGUGAAAUAACAGAUCCCUAGUUGCCCAAUAACACACAUGAAGUAUGCUAAUUUAAGUGCCCUGAAAAACAAACAUUCGUCAUUUGUGACCUCCCUUGGUUGCCUCAGCCAUUCCCACAUUGGUGCUGACCUCCAUUCUGAAUAAUAUUCAGUGGUGCUACUGAACAGAAAACGAAGAGAAAUGUAUCAGGACGAUGUGUGCAUGAUGAGGUUUUCUUCAUGAUGCAGAUGGCAUAAUGACCAAUUGAUCUUGAUUCUGCAGCGUGCAGGACUCUGUUCUAAUGGCCUUUCUUGCUCCUGUUCUUUGCUGGUAUGUUCCCACAAUCCUCUUCCUAUUUUAUUAGAUUAUAUUGCCAAUGCCCCCCACCACAGACAGACAGAUAGAUAAUUUUAAAUUGGGAAACAAGUAUCUUGACAAUUCUGUACUUUGGAGGCUUGCUAUGUCUUUUGGAUGUUUUUUAAUUAAUACAAGUUGUGUGUGUGAUUCCGA